GUUCUGUUUGCAGAUGGCUCAGUGAGUUUCAGCCAAGAUUCUGGUCCAGUUUGGGUGCCUGACGCUGAAGCUGAAAACAACAAAGGUCGGAGCUCAGAGAAGGAGGCGGGACGCUGGCAGACUACAAGUCCAUCAGGAGAUCGCAUUUGCACGAUCGGGUCCACACACCAACGCCUCCCCACCACCCCUCUAUUGUCCUUUAAGGCCACGGACCCCGUCACCCAUCAGGUCAUGCUGACCCGGGAGGAUCUGGUGGUUUUAGUCCAGAACCCAGACGGAUCUCUUGUUGUGGAGCACGCAGACGGAACCAGGAUCACCAGUUUCCUUCAAGACAGGACUUUUACCGGAGAGAAACCAGAAGGUGUUGGAUCAGGCCGUUUCCAAAGCAGCGUGCAGAGACGGGACGAGAGAGGAGUCCCGCCCGUCAGUGAGCGUGCGGUGCUGGUCGAGAAGGAAGGCUGCGCCUCGGUGGUGGCGUACCCCGAGCGUCACAUGGCUCGCGUCCUUUUCGCAGACGGAACCGCCGUCACUGGGACCAGCGGAGCGGAGUACGAG